AAGAAGACGACGACGACUCUUUACGCCUCUGACGUCAUUACGCACAACGUGAAGCACUGAAGCAACAUGGCUCUGAAUGGAGAUAACGAGGACUUUGAGUGGGAGCCUCCAACAGAGGCAGAGAUGAAGGUGAUCCAGGCUCGCAGGGAGCGACAAGACAAAAUCAGCAAGCUGAUGGGAGACUACCUGCUCAAAGGAUACAGGAUGCUGGGGGAGUGUUGUGACGCGUGUGGGACUAUUCUUCUCCAGGACAAACAGCAGAAAAACUACUGUGUCUCAUGUCAGGAGCUGGACUCUGAUGUUGACAAGGACAACCCUGCUCUGAAUGCGCAGGCAGCGUUGUCCCAAGUGAGAGAGAGACAGCUUGCAGCGCAGUCCCCUGCCCCGUCCCAGGCCCCUGAACUCAAUGGAGGCCCUGGCACCAGUCAGGCAAGUGUGUCGGUUCCCAGACCGGAGCACUGUGAGGGGGCCGCCGCGGGGGGGAGAGCUGUCCUGCCUCCACCUGCUGCCCCUGCUCCUGCAACUCCUGCCUCCACCACAGCGCUAGCACCUGCUCGCCCCCCAGUUAGUCCGCCGAGCACUGUCCUCCAACCUGUGUUGCAAGAAGCCGAGGACGCUGUUCUAACCAAACUUCGCUGGGCCACGACCCAGCUGCAGAGUUCGGCCUCGCUGGAGACAAGUAUCCAGCUGUGCAGCCUCAUCGCCAGCUGUGCCGGCUCACUGCGCAGCCUCAAGGAGCUCAGCCAGUAACCAUCCUGGAAAAGGUUGAAACCAUGGAUUAAUGGGAACGCUGUUUCUACUUUGCCUCUGUCCUGGAAUACUGACUCUGGUUCGCUGCUUUGCGGCAUCUCUCUUUGACUGAAUCCUUGCAUAGAGCUGAAUUCAAAAUUGGUCAGGAAAUGCACUUGAAAUAGGAUUCAAAUGUUAAAAGUUGCUUUUCAGUUAACAUACCUAUAUGGCUGGCAGAAAUAUCAUGUUACAUGGUUUCAGAAUAAGUUUAUGUACAAUUGGUUGAACAUUUGACUGUUACUGUCAAUUUGUAAGUUAUAAUGAUAGAACUGAGUACUUCUAAAUGCACAUUCAUCAUUGAUAUUAAUUUUAAAUAAAAAAACUUGUACAAAAAAAAAAAAGCUUCUCAACUAUAUUCUACAGUAAAAGACUGCUAACGUAUUUCCAUAGUUGUUUGGCUUUUAUUGAUCCAAAAUGGCCACCAAAUUGACAUGUGGGAAGAUGACAUCCGUUUUCUUAUUGGGUGUCCUGUAGUAUCCAAAAACAGGUGUUGGAUUGCAAAUCACAAAAUUCAAACACAAGCUAAAACCCCAGUGCACAACUGCCUGUAACAUACAAGUCUG